AGGACGGUGAAGUGCCUUUGUCACUCCAAUUCUUCUUCUCUUUCACCAACGGACUUUCUAUAUAUCCUUACCCGUUAAUUUUGCUUCAUGAGCUUCUUCGCCAUAAAGAAUGUGAACAAGAUGAGCUCCUUAUGUGGACCUAUGAAGGGUGCUCUCUCGCUCUGCUCAUUCUCUGCUGUUCAAGAAGACUCAUUUGACAGUGAAAGCGAGGAGCUUCCACCUACCAAUUUCGACAUACAGCAUGCAAUCAUCUCUGUAAUGCGAAGCCGGGCAACGGACGCUAGACAGAGGCCACAGAGUUGUAGCUCUCUGAGUGACAGCCUUCAGUGGGUUUUCUCUCCUAUGACAGGAGAGUUCACAAUUGCUCCAAAAGAGUCGCAUUCCGCAGCCUUGCCUGGACCUAAGGAGGAUGACAAGAGGGAAGAUGAAACAGAAGCAUAUUUUUCUGUAAAGAGUAGCUUCUCUCGCUGCUCAAGCAUAGCUGAGGUGGAAUUCAAGGACGUGGGGAGAUGGUGGCAGUUGAUUAAUGAUCUGGGAAGGUGUGAAGGCUGGCCGUUUGGGCUCCUAUGCCCGAAAUCGGUGCUGUUGCCCCCUCUACCAAGCGCGCCGUCGGAAUCAUGGGUGUGGCGUAAAGAGGAGCAUCAGUUGGCAAAUAGAGAACAGUAAUCGUUUUAUGAUGAGAGGUCCUUGCUCCUUUCCUUUCAGUUGAGAAUGCCGAUUCAUUCAUGUAUGCUGAAAAGUACUUGUUCUACGUACGCGAAUAAGAACUACAGAUCAUUUUUCGAAUGCCUCUUUCUUAAAAAAAAAAAAGAACAUAACUGCGUCAAUACUUCAUGGAAUCCAAUGAUGACGCGUUCUGAGAGCAGGGACGAGAAGAGCAGUUGGCUUUUCUGAGAUCCUCAUCGUUUGCGGGAGCGAGUGAAUUUUUUUUACAGUUCCGCUUAUGGAUCAAACGCAGAGACAAGGUAGUCUUUUACUGUUGUAUGACCCCCAUCUGUUGA